GCUUGCCGCGACAACGGUGUUUGGGUAGUGGGCCAGACCCUGCAGGUCAUCGAGUCGGUUCCCAGCCGCAUCGGCGUCAGAAUACGAGCCGAAAAUGGCAGAGAGGAGGCUGUGAGACGCCCAUGCCCGUAUAUCACUUGGGCCGGGUGAUCCUGCGAGACGAGCCCAAGAAGCCCCAAGAGCGAGGAAGGAGCAGAAGUCGCAGCCCAAAGAGGGACGCUGGUGCAGGACCUCGUUCGGGUUCUCCCGACCUGACGCGGAGUCGGGGCCAAUCCCUCGAGGAGAUGUUGGAGGAGCUUCGAGCGAGGCAGCGAGAACGAGCUGUUUGCAGCACGGGGAAGGACUACGCGCGCAAGCCCAUAGGCUUCAUGUCCGGCUUGGCCAUGAAGCGUGACGUCGGCCAAGCUUCCACGCGCCUUCGGGAGGAGGAGACCUAUGCCCCGCGCCAGGUUGAGCAUAGGAAGCAGAUGGCCGACGAGUCCAUCCUUGGCCGUCCCGAGACGGAGCGGGACAGAGAGCAGCAGCUUCUGAAGCAGCAGCUUUUCGAAAAGUAUGGCAACAUCAACCCCAGGACGAACCCCAAGGAACAGCAGCAACCUGCUGACAUGGACAUCGAAGAUGCAUCCGUGCUGCGGCUGGGAUGA